AUGAACUUUCUUGCCCACGCCGUAAUCAAUGGACUCAUUUUGCAAUGCUGUACCUUUGAAGGCCUUCGCUUCUCCCAAGAAGUAGGCUCGACAAGUAUUGGCCCAGGAGAAGCAAUUACUGGAGGAGAGGUUGUAAGGGGCGGAAGGCAAAUUUCUUUCGAUGUGAUUGCUAAUGUUCGAAAAAUUGUUAAGCAUGGAGAGGGGCCGGAAGGAAGCAAGAUGUCUUAUGAGGUUACUGUACGCCGAAUGAAUUGUUUGCCUGAUCCACCCGAGACAGAAGUUGAAUUUGAUUUGGAUGUUGCCAGUGAAGUUAGCAAGAUAUUGGUUGGGGCUGGUAAUAAAGAAAUCACAGACAAAUUGAAUGAAGGAAAGAAACAACAACAAAUCUCUCCCAAAUUUAGAAACGAAAAACAAAAACAAAAAAUUGAAAAAUUGCCAGAAAUAAAUGGAGGGGAAGAUAGGAAGUUUUUAGCCCCAAACAACGUCCAUCCGCGUAUAAUGGCUCCAUCUUCUCGAAAUUUGCAACAAUUUAUUGGUCAAAAUUCGGGGAAUAAUAUUGAGGAAUUGCCUCCAUCUCAACAACAAUUUCAAAAUUUAAAUAAUCAACAACAAUUUGUUGAACAACAAGGAUUUCAGCAACAGCAACAACAAUUCCCUCCUUCUCAACAAUUUCCUUCUCAAUUUGUUUCGGAAGGUCAAAGAGUAGGAGAACAAGUAUUUCAAGUAAGACAUUAA